AAAUGCACGAAUUAAAAAAAAAUGUUCACACGUGCCAGCUUUUUUCGUUGUCUAUCAAAAAAAUACUUUUUUUAAUGAAAUUAGCGGUUACAACGGUAUUAACGGAUGGUUUAGGGACAAGAACUUAAAAUAGAGAAGGACAUUUACAGAGAUGAUUUUUUUGAUCUCCGAGGAAGAAGAAAGAUACAGAAAAGACAACUAGAGAGAGAGAGAGGAAGAGGAGGAAGGGAGGGGGCUCUCGACGAUGAAGCUGUGGAAACGAGCCGCCGCCGCGAUAAAAGACCGUAAAAGCCUAUUAGCGGUGGGAUUCUCGCGGCGAACUUCACACCACAACUUAGACCUGGAAGCAGCCAUCAUCAAAGCCACCUCCCACGACUCCUCCUCCGUCGACUACUCCAACGCUCACCGCGUCUACAAAUGGAUCCGCUCUUCUCCUCAUCUCAACCUCAAAACGCUGAUCCACACCCUCUCCUCCCGCGUCAGCCACACGCGCAGCUGGAUCGUCUCCCUCAAAUCCCUUAUGCUUCUCCACGGUGUUAUCUCCUGCAAACUCCCUUCCGUCCUCGGAGAGCUCCGCCGCCUCCCUUUCGACCUCUCGGAUUUCUCCGACGGGCAUUCGUGUCUCAGCAAGACCUGGGGGUUCAACAUCUUCGUCCGUGCUUACUACGCCUUCCUUCACAGCUACGCUUCUUUCUUAUCCGAUCAGUUCCACCGCCGCCCCGUGAAUCGAAGAUCUUCGGUGAAUCAAGAAACCGAAAGGAUACAGAAACUGCAGUCUCUUCUUGAAUUGAUUCUACAGAUCCGUCCUAUUGCUGAUAACAUGAAGAGGACGUUGAUCCUAGAAGCGAUGGAUUGUAUAGUGAUCGAGAGUAUCAACAUCUACGGUAGGAUAUGCAGCGGCGUCAUCAGAAUGCUUCCUAGUUCAGGUAAAGCAGACGCCGCUGCGACCUUAAAGAUCAUCAAUAAGGCAACAUCUCAGGGAGAAGAUUUAGCUGUCUAUUUCGAGUUCUGCAAAGGAUUUGGCGUCCCGAACGCGAGAGAUACUCCUCAGUUCGUUAGUAUACCAAAGGCGGAAGUAGAGACAAUCAAGAACAUGAUUGAGAACGUUGGAGAAGAAGAAGUAGUAGAGGAAGAGAAAGCUAUGGUGGUUUUGGAGAAGCCGAGAUUGGAGACGAUCAUCACAGAGAAAUGGGAGAUUUUCGAAGAUGAUGAGUGUUGUUUCCAUGAAAAGGUGAUUAAAGAAUAUCAAAAGCAUACUCUGCCUCUUAUAGUAUCGUACCAAGAACCAGUUUAUAUCGAGUACAUGAUGCCAGAUUUGAUUACGUUCUAGUGAAGACACAACAAACAAUCUGGACGAGAUUGAACUUGUCUUGUCUUUUUUUUUUUUCCUUUUCCCUGGUUCUGGUUCUGUACAUAUACACAAUUUUUACCAGUAUCUUGAGUAAAAAUUCAAAAGAGAUCAAGUGGUACAUUUUGAGAUA